AGUUUAUACAUAGAGAAAAUAUGCAUACUUUCUCUAUGGGUUUACCUCUCUGAAAUGUAGCGUAGUUCAUAUUACAAAUUAAAUGAAUUUGUGAAAAAAAGGCACAUAAAAAAUAAACAAAUUAGAACCGAUAAUUGAAUAAAUUUAGUUCGAAUAAUUAAAAUGAAAAUUGCAGUGGAAGGUUGUGCACAUGGUGAUUUAGAAAAAAUAUACGAUUCAAUAUACGUUACUGAACAAACCGAAGGGAUAAAAGUUGAUCUACUGGUUUGUUGUGGUGAUUUCCAAUCUUCAAGAAAUGAAGAUGAUCUUAUGUGUAUGGCAGUGCCUCCGAAAUAUCAACGUAUUUGUACAUUUUAUAAAUAUUAUUCUGGUGAAUUAUUAGCACCUGUGCUCACUAUAUUCAUAGGAGGAAAUCACGAAGCUUCAAAUUAUUUACAAGAGCUCCCGUAUGGCGGUUGGGUUGCUCCUAAUAUUUAUUAUUUAGGUUAUGCGGGAGUAAUUAAUAUUGGAGAUUUAAGGAUAGCGGGCAUUUCUGGUAUUUAUAAAAGCGCUGAUUACAUGAAAGGUCAUUUUGAGAAACCUCCUUACAGCGAACAGUCAAAAAGGAGUAUAUAUCAUAUAAGAAAUUUAGAAGUAUUUAGACUGAAGCAACUUUCGGAAAAAAUUGAUAUUAUGUUAUCUCAUGACUGGCCCAGUGAUGUGUAUAAAUAUGGAAAUGUUGAACAACUAUUAAAGAAAAAACCUCAUUUUAAGAUAGACAUUGAAAAAGGUGUAUUAGGUAGCAAACCUUCUAGUGAUUUGAUGUAUCAUUUAAAACCAUCCUACUGGUUCUCAGCUCACCUCCACUGUAAAUAUUCUGCAAUUGUUAAACAUCAAGAUGAUUCAGUUACAAGGUUUUUAUCAUUGGAUAAAUGUCUUCCAAAAAGGAAUUUUUUAGAAAUAAUCGAUUUUCCACAUGAUAAUUCAAAAUUGCAAUUGAGUUACGAUUUAGAAUGGUUAACAAUAUUGUACUUGACAAAUCAUUUACUUUGUGUUGAAAAUAGAUUUACAUUCAUGCCUGAAGCAGGAGAUAAUGAAAGGUAUGAAUUUACACCUACUGAUAAUGAGAAGGAUCUCAUUUUUGAGAGAUUAAAUGGUAAUUUGGUGAUCCCAAAACUUUUUUCAAAAACUGCUUCAGCGUUUAACCCAAACUCGCCGUCUGAUAGACCCAGACAACCAGAACCUGUACUAAAUCCUCAGACAAUAAGUUUAUGUGAGAAAUUAUAUAUAGACGAUCCUUUAACGAAAAUAUCGAAAAUCAAUGGGACUUACGCUCAAUUAAACUCUAGCAUCGAUUUAAAUUCUACAAUCAGUUUUUUGGAUGAUAGUAUUGAAAGUAGUUCCCCAUUUGGUACACCAGUAAAAAAGUUAAUUUUCCGUGAAUGUUUAGGAGAUGUUGAUGAGGAGCCCGACAUUGAUAGAGACAAAAAUAGUAUAGAAUGUAAUCAAAAUCAAAGUUCGGAAACUGUUGCUGUGAUAAAUAGUAAAAAAACUGUUUUAAAUAAUUAUGAUUGUAAUUCACCUACGAAAAAAAACCUUGAAAGGAAAAUCCGGAUAUGUGUAAAGUUAAAAGAUGGUGGAUGGCUUAGUGGAUAGAAGACUCUACUUAAAAUUAACAAGUUUCCAUCUACUGUGAGGAUAUUUUUAAAUUAUUAAUUAGGAAAUUAGACUUGAAUUGCAUACCUACCAUAAACAACAAGGAAGAUGAAUAACGACGCUGAUGACACAAAUAAUACUCCUUUUUCCUGUAUAAAGUUGUAUGUUGUAAUUAUAUAACACAUCACUCAAUAAGUCGUGUGACUAACUGAGGAAAACACAUUUUUUUGCCAAAAAUAAAUUUUAAUCAUGAAUGUAGUCUUCAAGCUCUUCAAGAGCAAUACAACCAUUCUAAAGCUUCUCAAACUUCUCAAUGCCAUGCUUGUAGAAGGAUUUGUCUUUUGCCUCAAAAUAGGCUUCAGUUUCAGCAAUUGUUUCUUCGUUUGAGCAAUUUUUUGAGAUCAGAGAAUAGCUAGGAGUUACUGGGGGGCAGAUCUGGACUGUGUUGUGGAUGAGGAAGCAAUUCGAACAGUAAUUUAUUCAAUUUUACCAGUGCAUUGUCUUAGUGAAAUAUUGGUUUUUUAUUGGACAUAUGAAGCCGUUUGUCGUUGAUUUUUGCAUUCAAACAAAUGUCUCUCCCUUUUAGGGGUGGUUGAUGAACAAUAUUCCAUGCGCAUUCCAAAACACUGAAGCCAUAACCUUCCCAGCUGACUGUUGUGCCUUUGGACAACUUGAACGUGGUUCACUGGCUGCCACCCACUCAGAUAAUGAUUGUUUUGAUUCUGGAGUAAAGUGUUUCAUCCAUUGUCACAUAUUGUCGCAAAAAUAUGAUUUAUUUCAUGUAAACAUAACCAAACACUGCUCUGAAUCAUCAACACAUUGUUAUGAUUAAACUGGCACCCACUUUGAAAAAAGCUUUCUCAUGGUGAAAUAUUCUUGCAUAAUUGUAAAGACACUGCCUUCUGAUAUCUUUACGGCCUCAACUAUCUCACGCUGUUUUAAUUUACGAUUAAAUAUAACCAAUUUGUGAACUUUUUUCUGGAGUAAUUACCUAAAUUGAACGACCAGAACAUUCACCAUCAUCGGUGUCCAGAUAACACUUUUGAAGCAAUUUCGGAGUUUGUACAGUAAGUAGCUUCACUUAAAUAGCUGCCACUGACUUAUUGAGUGAUGUUAUACAAUCUUUAUAAAUAAAUUAGAAAUAAUGAAA